AUGAACGAGGCACUAGGUGUCGGCGACUGGCUGGGUCAGUGCGACCUCUUCCUUCAAUGUCCCCGGGACUGUGCCCGCGAUGUGCCAUACAAGAACCCUCAAUGUCUAUCUUUCGAUGAUGCCAAAAUCACACUUACCUCCGAUCUAGUCGAUGAUUCUUGGGCUGAGCCGGAUAUGGACGAGGACCUGUUCAACCCCAUGACAGAGCUGGACAGCUACGAUACACUCGAAGAAGCAGGGCAGCCGGCCUUGAUCAAGACGCCUCUCCGCCGUCACCAGAAACAAGCACUGACAUUCCUGACACAACGCGAAGACGGGUGGGAUCUCGAGUCGGGCCGCACAGAUGUCUGGAAGUCUUUUACUGACCACAAUGGACGUACUCGUUACCGCAACACGAUUUGUGGCAGUUCUCAACUCGAUCCACCACCUGAAUUCCGGGGCGGCUGCCUGGCCGACUCAAUGGGUCUAGGGAAAACUCUUUCAAUGCUUUCCCUUAUAGCCGCAAAGCCCGCUGUCGCCUCUGCGGGCAACAGCGUGUCUCGGGGCAUACCUGUAAAUCGGGUCAAGGCGACUUUGAUCAUCGUCCCAGCAUCACUGGUACAAGUCUGGGAUAUCCAGAUCAAGCGGCAUUUUUAUCCUUCAGCUGUCUCGGUCCUCAUAUAUCACGGCAGCCAACGCCGACGGUUCUUGAGCCGUCUCGUCGACUUCGGAGCAUAUCCUUUCAAUGAUCCAAAGUUUUUCGAAACUGAGAUAUCUCAACCAUGGAAGACCCAAAUGAGCGAUGUCUCCUUACAAAGGCUGCAGAAGCUAGCAUCGGCGUUGUGCCUGCGACGACCAAAGGAAGUGGCCACUUUAACUGACAGCCAUGCAGUAUCCCGCCAUGUCACCUUGAACGCUGCGGAAAGCGAGAUCUACGAAGCAACGAAACUUGGCACACUUGACUUCAUUGAGCAUGCGAUAGCUGACACAGAAAAACGUGGCUCGGCCUACCUCAGUGCUUUUCAACGGAUCAACGACCUCAGAUACAUUUGCAACCAUGGAGUUGCACCUGUCCGAGAAAAGCAUAGACGCAAUGAUAAGUACGAGGAGGACGUUUCCAAGAACGGGCUCAACUUUCAGCAGCAAUUGGACCAGCUGCUGUGUGCAUCGGUCCUCGUAUGUGUCGUAUGCGGCUCUGAUCUGGAGGAUGCUACAGACGUGGACAAUCUCACAGUCGGCCGCGUCGACCGACUUCGUAAUGCACGGCAGCAGUUAUGCGCGACUUGUGUUAUGGAUUCAUCGGCGAAUGCAUCGCCCGCCUCAGCUAGCACGCCCGCAUCCUCAGAUCCCGACAGUUCGACACUGGAGGCGCCAGCGCCAUUCAUUUCCUCCAAAGUCCAGACCCUCGUCCAAUACGUCCAGCAAACCGCCCCAGCCGACCAAUGCGCGGUCUUCUCCUACUGGACAAGUACCCUGGAUCUGAUCCAAUACGCUCUCGAUCAAGCCUCCAUCUCCUCCUGCCGCUACGACGGCCGCCUGACGCGCCCGAAACGUGACAACGUCCUGGCAAAGUUCGCAACCCCCACCCCGCGCAUCAAAGUCAUCCUCGUCUCUAUCACCUGCGGCGGCCAGGGCCUCGACAUCACCGCCGCGAACCACGCCAUCCUCUUCGAGCCCCAGUGGAACCCCAUGCUCGAGGAGCAGGCCUUGAGCAGGGUGCACCGCAUCGGCCAACUCAAGCCCGUGUUCCUGGUGAGAUUCGUGGUCAAGGGCUCGUGGGAAGAGAACAUCGUGAGGGUGCAAGAGCGGAAACGCACGCUGGCCGAUCUCAUCGUCGGGGAGAAGAAGCUCAAGAAGGGGGACGAGGGCAAGAAGUUGCUGCUGCAUCUGCGGGAGUUGAUCGGCUGA